CAGCGCGGAUGCCAUAUUGGAAGAGGCUGUGCUGGGAGCUGAGGACCCGGGCGGGCGGGCGCGCGAGGGAGGCGGCGGCGGCGGCGGGCAGGGCGCGAGCGAGCCGGCGAGAGAGCGAGCGACGCCCCGCGCCCUCUCCCACCGCCCCCGAGGCCCGGGGUGACGCCGGGGGCCCCGCAAACUUCCCCCAGGAUGAAUUAAGGGACGAAUAUAGUCGCUUCUCAGACAUGGAGAGCAGUCGGUCCCUUCACAGCAUGCAAGAUUCUUCAUCUUUGGAAAAGCAUAUCAGCUCAGCCAAUGGAAAUGGAGAUCUUGAUUCAGAGGAAGGCUCGAGCUUGGAUGAAAUCGGCUUUAACUGGGGAGAAUAUUUGGAAGAGACAGGAGCAAGGGCAGCUCCUCAUGCGUCCUUCAAACACGUGGAAAUUAGCAUUCAGAGCAACUUCCAGCCUGGCAUGAAGUUGGAGGUGGCCAACAAGAACAACCCGGACACCUACUGGGUGGCCACGAUCAUCACCACGUGCGGACAGCUGCUGCUUCUGCGCUACUGUGGUUAUGGGGAAGACCGCAGGGCUGACUUCUGGUGUGAUGUGGUCAUAGCAGACCUCCACCCCGUAGGGUGGUGCACACAGAACAACAAGAUCUUGAUGCCCCCCGACGCAAUCAAAGAGAAGUAUGCAGACUGGACAGAAUUCCUCAUACGUGAUUUGACUGGUUCGAGGACAGCACCUGCUAAUCUCCUGGAAGGACCUCUGCGAGGGAAAGGCCCUAUAGACCUCAUUACAGUUGAUUCCUUAAUAGAACUUCAGGAUUCUCAGAACCCUUUUCAGUACUGGAUAGUUAGUGUGAUUGAAAAUGUUGGAGGAAGAUUACGCCUUCGCUAUGUGGGAUUGGAGGACACUGAAUCCUAUGACCAGUGGUUGUUUUACUUGGAUUACAGACUUCGACCAGUUGGUUGGUGUCAAGAGAAUAAAUACAGAAUGGACCCACCUUCAGAAAUCUAUCCUCUGAAGAUGACCUCUGAAUGGAAAUGUGCUCUGGAAAAAUCCCUUAUUGUUGCUGCUGAGUUUCCUCUUCCAAUGGAAGUAUUUAAGGAUCAUGCAGAUUUGCGAAGCCAUCUCUUCACAGUUGGGAUGAAGCUAGAGACAGUGAAUACGAGUGACCCCUUUCAUAUCUGUCCUGCAUCAGUGACGAAGGUUUUUAACAAUCAUUUUUUUCAAGUGACUAUUGAUGACCUAAGACCAGAACCUAAUAAACUAUCAAUGCUGUGCCAUGCGGAUUCUGUGGGGAUUUUGCCAGUACAAUGGUGCCUUAAAAAUGGAGUCAGCCUCACUCCUCCUAAAGGUUACUCUGGCCAGGACUUUGACUGGGCAGAUUACCAUAAGCAGCAUGCAGCAGAGGAAGCCCCUCCCUUCUGCUUCAGAAAUACAUCAUUUAGCCGGGGUUUCACCAAGAACAUGAAACUCGAAGCUGUGAAUCCCAGGAAUCCAGGAGAACUCUGCGUGGCCUCUGUGGUCAGCGUGAAGGGACGGCUACUGUGGCUUCACUUAGAAGGUCUGCAGACUCCUGUCCCAGAGGUCAUUGUUGAUGUGGAAUCCAUGGAUAUCUUCCCGGUGGGCUGGUGUGAGGCCAAUUCCUACCCUCUGACUGCACCACACAAAUCAGUCUCACCAAAGAAGAGAAAAAUUGCAGUUGUGCAGCCAGAAAAAAAAUUGCCAUCCACAGUGCCUGUUGAGAAAAUACCUCAUGACCUUUGUUUAUAUUCACACCUGGACAACCCAGGAACUGUCAACGGGAAGUACUGCUGCCCACAGCUCUUCAUCAACCAUCGGUGUUUCUCCGGCCCAUAUCUGAACAAAGGGAGGAUCGCAGAGCUACCUCAGUCAGUAGGGCCCGGCAAGUGUGUGCUGGUGCUUAAAGAGGUUCUUAGCAUGAUCAUCAAUGCAGCCUACAAACCUGGAAGGGUAUUGAGAGAAUUACAGUUGGUGGAUGACGAACACUGGAAUUUCCAGGAGGAGACACUGAAGGCAAAGUACAGAGGCAAAACAUAUAGGGCUGUGGUCAAGAUUGUACGAACAUCUGACCAAGUAGCAAAUUUCUGCCGGCGAAUUUGUGCCAAGCUAGAAUGCUGCCCAAACUUGUUUAGCCCUGUGCUGGUUUCUGAAAACUGCCCAGAGAACUGCUCCAUUCAUACCAAAACCAAAUACACAUAUUACUAUGGAAAGAGAAAGAAGAUUGUUAAACCUCCAAUCGGGGAGAGCAGCAUCGAGAGUGGCCACACUAAACCAGCCCGGAGAAGAAAGCGACGAAAAUCCAUCUUCGUGCAGAAGAAGCGAAGGUCUUCGGCCGUGGACUUCCCCGCAGGCUCUGGGGAGGAAAGCGAAGAGGACGACGCGGACGCCCUGGACGAUGACACGGCGAGUGAGGAGACGGGCUCGGAGCUGCGGGAUGAUCAGACAGACACCUCCUCGGCCGAGGCGCCCCCCGCGCGGCCCCGCAGGGCCGUGACCCUGCGGAGCGGCAGCGCCGAGCCUGCCGCCCGCCGCCCGCCGCCGCCGCCGCCGCCGCCGCCGCCGCCGCCGCCGCCGGUGGAGAGGGCCCGGAGGGCUCGGCCCCCGCCCGCCCCGGCCCCGGCCGAGGAUGGGGACCAGGACCCGCCCGCCAGGCCCGAGGGUCAAGAGGAAACGAAGCAGGAGGAGGAGGAAAGGCUCGUGCUGGAGAGCAACCCCCUGGAGUGGACGGUCACUGACGUGGUGAGGUUCAUUAAGCUGACCGACUGUGCCCCCUUGGCCAAGAUCUUCCAGGAGCAGGACAUCGACGGCCAGGCGCUGCUUCUGCUGACGCUGCCGACGGUGCAGGAGUGCAUGGAGCUGAAGCUGGGCCCUGCCAUCAAGCUGUGCCACCAGAUCGAGAGAGUUAAAGUGGCUUUCUAUGCCCAGUAUGCCAACUGACUUGACCCCCGCCCCCCCACCCCCGGCUCCAGAAGAUGGCUCGUGAUCCUUGUGAUGCUACGCUUAUUUGUGAACGCGUUCAGGUUGACGGUUUGCAUUUUUCUGGGCUAUGUGAAAAAGGUGCAUUCAUUCAAUCUCACCACCACGCCAGCAAACCAGGACUAAAUAACUCCAUCCACCAGCAUGUUGGGGAUCGCCACGUUUUUAAAGCACACCGAAGUACCAUAGCAGAAGCUUCCAGAGAGUGUAGUUCCAGGGCGGCAUUAGGCCACAUGCCAAGUCACAGAAGAGCGUCUUUGUCUAUUCCCGUUUCGCCUCUGCCGCACUCCACGCGGCUUCCGGGGAGCAGGGUCUCCUACUUCAGCUCACGUUCCUUGUCAGCUGAGCCAGGCACAGCCAGUAUCUUCUCGAAGGCGGCCAAGGGGGUCGUGCAAGCCUCUUCUGGGAGUUUCUGUGGUAAUCGCCGUCAGGAAUCUGUUCUGUGCCGUGUUGGGUAACUUGCCAUCAUUCUGGACCCUAGUUCCUAUCAAAUGACAGGUUUGAACACGUAGGAGUCGAGCUGGGAACACGCCUUCCUCCCGCCUAGCCUAGGAGAUGAGAGUCCAGGCGAACCAAAAUGAGAAAACAAAAACGUCUAAAGCCACAGGUCGUUCGCUCUGUCGUUCCUCUGUUUCGUUCUGGCUUUGAGGUUGCUCGUGAAACUUCUGGGGCAGUCUUGGUAAACUUGCUCAAUCAUUCGUAGCCAAAUCCACGGCUGUGAGAAUUGGCUGACCUUUUCAUCCCCAGCGGUUCUUCCGGGUGUCCUCAUGAGUGGUUCAGUCUGUUUCCACAAGCCCAAAGGGGCUAUGAUAUUGUGAUAGGUUGAUCAUCUUGAUGCUUUCUCAGAUUUACAAGUGGAAACCACAUCUUCAUGUUGCUCAGAAGUGGUGGGCCCUCGUGGCUGACGCUUAGGCCCCUUCUCUUCUUGUGAUUUUUAAAUUUCCUUUGUUACUUUUUAAUUGUUUAUUAUCACUGUGUUGAUCAUUUCUCUUUGCCUAGAUUCUCAACCAUCCCAGGGGUGAGCUUAUUAGUUGCUCGUAUUUUGGCACCAUGUUAAGAUCCGAUGAGCUGCGAGGCACUGCACACUUGAAUUCCUCCAACUAACCUUAGCUUCCUGUAACAAUUACAGCUGUAAGUGGAAAACAAACACCUUAUGGUUGAAACUUUGUAGUCUCUCCAGCAGCUGGUUUUUUUAACAGUCAGUCUUCAAAUGUUUGGCCAGUGGAUCUGCCCCGACACCUGAAGAAGAGUUUAUCUGGUGUGGUAUUGCAGGAAUGGAAAUGGCUCUGGUGAUGCGUGUUUGGUUUGCAGUGGGAUAUAUCUCUCUUAUUAAACUACAAUCUGGCCUCUCUUCAGUUUCCUAUCGCUGCCUUCUCAGACACCUGCUUUUCGCCUUAAAUGCUUCAGCCCUGCGGAGUUCCAUUUCUUCUAAAAGUUGGAAAGGGAAUCCAGUUGAACAUUUGUGGCAUUUUCUCUGUCCCGACUGCUUUGAAGAUAUCUUCACUGUGACCUUUUUCAGCUGAGCUGUUUCCGUGGAUACCCGGCCGAGGACACGAGGAGACUGUAACAGACCAUCACACCUGAGCCUGCACGCCAUCUUCCCGUGUGCUUGCCAAUCCUGACACGAAAGCAGAGGUGCUGCCUCAGACGAGAGAGGCCUCCUGAGUUUGUCCAAGGGGCCAGAGGACUGUCCAUCCUGAAGCCCAGGCCGGAUAUGGCCAUCAUGGCUGGGCAAAGAAAUUUCUUGCUUAAAUGUUGCCAGAGAGCCAAGACUCAACCCUUGAGCCCCGGAGUUUCACUUCGUUCCCCCUCUUCCUGAUCUUGCUCACUUGCUCAACUCCAGCUUUGUGUGCAUGUUGCAAGGAAAAGAUGGUUGUCAUCUAAGCAGUGGAGCGCUCUGCUCUGACCCAACACUGUAGGACCGAGGCAGUGUCAUUCUUCUGGGAGUUGCCAGUGUUGUACUGAAUGUGGAUUCCCAUCUUCGUGAUGCACAUCUUCAUGUCAGCAACCAUUUUAUGACAUGUUUGGAAAGUGGUUUCCACCACUUCAACAGCUCCCACCUUAAUGAUAAGAUCACUUUCCAAGAUACAUUUUCUUGUGUUUUACCCUUGUUUUUUUUGACAGGAAAAUAGAAAGGGAUGUUAGCCAGGCACCAUGGGCUCACACCAGUAAUCCCAGCUACUCCGGAGACUGAGACUCUGACUGUUCACGGAAAAGUUGACUCCAUCUUCAGUGAGACAGCGAAAUGCUGGACUGGAGGCAUGGGUCAAGUAGAAGAGCCCAACUGUGAGCAAUCGGGCCGAGGGUGUGUGAAGCCCCCAGUGCAAGCCCCCAUACCCACACCAAAUCAAGGGUCUUAACACGGGUACCCCAGCACCACCACAGCCCAUAGCCCCCGAGUCCUCGCCUCCAUUCCUCCUUCGGGGGGUGGCACCAUCCUUACUCUCUCGCCUCUGGAACUGACGGAGCAGAUGCCUUGCCAUCUGUCCAGUGUAUACCCCAAGAAAUAGAAUGCCACCUCAACUUGAAGAACCAGAGUCCGUCCUCUAAUCCUACCGUCAAACUGACGGAGUUUGCUUCCAACCCGUGUUUCCUGACCGCGUUUCUCCUGCAUUGUCAGCCUGUCCACAAAACAAAACAUUCUAACCUGAGCAAGGUACUAUCCGCACACCAGAAACGUCUUUGCAACAACGGUUUCCUUCCCCCAUGGAGUCCCACAGGGUGAAGUACUCACCUGCCACUGAAAAUUAGGUUCCUUUGAUCAGAGUUUGAAUCAUAUGAGGUAUUUCAACUGUAAGCUAUUUCGAUUUUUCUGCCUUCUUUGGUUCUGUUGGAAAGAUCAUUUCCUGUGUUUGAUCUGAUUUUUUUUUUCCUUCAAUAAAGUAAACCCUGCAACCUGCAUCCUUUCCUACAGUUUCUAGAAAGCUGUUCUGCCUCAGCCUUGGGAAAAUGGAGCUAGUUCCUAGCUCAUCUCAUAGAGUUCUGAGUGUUAUAUGAGGCAAAAGGUGAGUUUAUUUUCUCUCUUGUACCAAACACCCUUUCUAAGAGCUGUGCCCCCUUAGUUUUGGAAGCACUAAGGGUUUUCAUAGUUAUUUUGUGGAACACCAUUUGUAUUUAUUUCUGUACAUAGAACUAAAACAGAGGACAGUAGUUGAACAUCUCUAUUGUGGUUUGACAUUGCUGCUUCCAGGUUAAGAGGAUGAAUCUAGGCUCCCAUUACUUUCUCUUCUGUCUCUAAAAAACUGUGACUGAGUGUGCAAUGAUUUCAAGAGAAAAAUUGUAAAUGAAGAUAUCUAUAGUGUGUACGGAAGAAAUUUUCAGAGAUAUCACUGCCCACUGUCCCUUUGGUGCAAUAAUUACGUAGCAAGAGAAAACUUUUCUUGGCAACCGUUACAAUUUAAUGAUUCUCUCUUAUUCACUGUUCUUUUCUGUUCACAGAGUUGUGGUUUUUUAAAUUACUCCUGCAACAGGGUUGAAUUUUUAACUUAAUUAGAUGUCAUAGCAUCUUACCAUCAGUGUGGUUUCUAAACAUCCAAAACAUGAUAUGAUAAUGUUCUAUUGCGCUAUUCGUGACCCAUUUAACUUAUCUAAAAAAUUGUAAUUGCUGAUGUAUUCACUGCCUUGGGUUUUUCUUACAAAGGCUCUCUAGUUUAAACCAUAAACAGUGACUCCGCUUCCUGAGUAGUAGACCUACUGUGUGUGUUUGCAGUGGCUAAGAUUCUGCCUCUUGAGAGGAUGUGGGUCGUUUCACAGGAUCCAAGCAUAGCAUUGUUUCAUGGGGCUGAAGAUAUACACUGAGGAAAAAGGAAAGUUCUAGAAUAAUCCUUUGCUGAAAAAAAAUCACAAUGGAAAAUUUAAAGCAAAUUUUUAAAAUAAUAAAGUAAUAAUCUUGUCCAGAAUGGAAGGUAACUAGCAUGGUCUCUAUUAAAGUGAUGGUUGAAAGACCUUUUACUGUUUUACAUUCCAGUUCGGAUAGUUUGUAUUAAAGUUUGAUUCAUAUCUUGUGUAGAUUUCAGUGCAUUAAGGAAAAAUUAGUGUCUUUGGAAAUGUAUAGGACAAAGGGCAUGCUGUUUGUUUGCUGUACGAUUGUAUUCUGUAUAUAUGUUUUCAUGUACAUAAAUGAAAAUCUAUAUCAGAGUUAUAUUUUAAUUUUUAUUCUAAAUGAAAACCCUUUUUACUUGAAAAAAUGUAAGCCAUGUUGUUAAUAAAGUAAAAAUCAAUUCUACAAUAUUGUUUGUAUCUUUCUAUGGGAGGUUAUUAAAUAUUUUUAGCAUUUA